AUGCCUGCCAUCAAUGCUAUAUCGAUCCCGGUUGAACCAUCUCCCAUAUAUCGAGGUGACGAUUUUGCAAGCCCUGUGGAUGUUCGAACUGCUUUCACAUUGGCAUUGUCAAAAAUGUACCGAAAUGAAGUGCCCUUGUAUGAGAAUUUGGUCCAAAUCGUCCAUACAGUAAAUACGGACGUGCUUUCUGAGCAUCCGGACUCGAUGGAGGAUGCUCUACUGUCUCAAAGACUUGAUCUAGAGAGGCAUGGUGCCAUCAGGCUGGGUACCCCCUUUGAGCUACGGACUAUGGCCCGCCUCUUUGCCAUUCUUGGUCUGAAGGCAGUCGGCUACUACGAUCUUUCUGUCGCUGGACUACCCAUGCAUGGCACCUGCUUUCGUCCAGUUGACCUAGAAUCCUUGGAUCAGAACCCUUUCAGAGUCUUCACCACUUUGCUCAGACCUGAAUUGAUCGUCAAUGAUGAGACUCGUGAGCUUGCAUUAAAGUUGUUAUCACGACGCCAUAUCUUCAGUAGCAGACUUCUGGAGUUGAUCAAUUAUGCCGAGAGACAAAACUGGCACUUGCAGAUCUGUGAAGUUGAGGAAUUCACUCACGAGUCUCUGAAAACUUUCAGUUGGAUGCCAGAAGCAUCGGCAUCGCAAGAAGAAUACAGAAAACUGUCCAAGGAACACCCUAUCCUUGCCGACAUCGCUUCAUUCCAGACUGCGCAUAUCAAUCAUUUAACCCCUCGAACGUUAAACAUUGAGGCAAGUCAAGUACAAAUGCGAAAGCAAGGCCUUCAAGUCAAGGAUCGCAUCGAGGGUCCUCCUCCACGUCAAUGCCCGAUUCUCCUCCGCCAAACGAGUUUCCUGGCACUGGAAGAACAAAUCAGAUUCCGCGAUAACCAUGGAACUCUUAUCCAAGGAACUCAUCGAGCUCGGUUUGGAGAGAUUGAAGAGCGAGGAGCCGCCGUGACAAUUACGGGAAGAAAGCUUUACGAUGAGCUGUUGACCAAAGCUGCAAGCAACAUCUGUAAGGGUUCAGGUGCACAGGGCCCUGGAGCCAUGGAUGAGGCCAUGCGUGAUGCCUUUAAAGCCUAUCCUGACUCGUGGGCAGAACUACGUAAGCAAGGCCUCAUUUACUGUACUUAUUACCGUACAGGUACAGAGAUCUUUGAUAUCACAGGGACACUAUCCCUAGAAGACUUGGUUGCCCAGGGAUAUCUCAGAGCCGAGCCUAUCACAUAUGAGGACUUUCUGCCAUUCUCUGCAGCAGGAAUCUUCGCGUCAAAUCUAGAUAAAGGCCAGGAAGAACCUUUACAAGCCAAUGAGCAUCCUAAUCAGCAAGGCUUUGAGAAUGCUCUAGGGUCUGUAUUGUUAGAGCCUGAAGCCCUGUAUGCAGACAUUCAGCGAAAGAGUAUCGUGAGAUGCGGACUAGCACCUGGGCUGUUUACUCACUAA